AACGGCGUCGUGCAUACUUAGCGAAAGGGCAAAAACCUUUCAGCGCCGCUCUCUGUGGGUUCUUGAUCUUAUACCCUUCGAAGAAGGUAGAACCCUAGAAAUCAAAUCUCUCGAGAUGAAUCGGGAAAAGUUGAUGAAGAUGGCCAACACUGUCCGCACUGGCGGAAAGGGCACAGUAAGAAGAAAGAAGAAGGCAGUGCACAAGACUACUACAACAGAUGACAAGAGGCUUCAGAGCACAUUGAAAAGAAUCGGAGUGAAUGCCAUUCCAGCAAUCGAAGAAGUUAACAUCUUUAAGGACGACGUAGUUAUUCAGUUUAUCAACCCUAAGGUUCAAGCUUCAAUCGCUGCAAACACGUGGGUUGUAAGCGGUUCUCCUCAGACCAAAAAAUUGCAAGACAUCCUUCCUCAGAUUAUCAGUCAACUUGGACCGGAUAAUUUGGACAACCUGAAAAAGCUGGCAGAGCAGUUCCAGAAACAGGCUCCUCCUGGUGUGGGAACUAUUCAAGAGGAAGAUGAAGACGAUGUCCCCGAGCUUGUAGCCGGAGAAACAUUCGAGGGCGCUGCUGAAGAGCCAGCUAAGGGCGCUACUGAAGAGCCGGCUAAGGGCGCUGCUGAAGAGCCGGCUAAGGGCGUCGCUGCUCCUCCUGCCGAAGAAACUCAGCCCAAACCCGAAGCUUCUUGAAGAGGGAAUAUGAAAAAACCAUCGGGUUUGCAUAAUCUGUAUGGAGCUCGUGUUUUUUUUCUCUGAUUGUGACAGAAGACUUGGUUUUAUUGUCCCUUGAUGUUUUGGUCGGAAAAAAAACUAUUGUCCUUUCUCUCUAUAAUCCUCUCGUCACCUAAUUUUGCUGCAGGAA